CAUGUUGGCGCUGCUAUAAUGCCAGAGCUACAUAUUAUACAACAAGGCUUCCUGCCGCUCAGAACUACAGAUGAACCAGAAAUUUUUGAAUCCCCAGCCGUUGAUUCAACGCGUCAUGCAGCCAAGGAAGACGACUACACUGCACCACCAGAAUACAGCUCUCAAGAUGCUCACUUGAUUGACCAUGCUCCAAAUGAUCCCGUGGUUGCAAGGCAAUUCUUUGAUCGUCAUAUCUUGUUGGCGCCUGUUGCGCUGCCUAAUGCGGAUGAAGUUGCGAUUCGUGGUGCGUCUACGAGCUGGCAGGCUGGUCGCGUUCGUGAAACGCCGCAUGAACGACUAGCACGUCUCAAGCGUGAAGUUGAAGAAUUAUCUCUGCAGCAAGCAGAUGGACAGACUACGACAGAUGGCUCACUGGAUGAGCUGACUGCAUCGCUAGAUUCAAUCCAUGUCAAAUCCGAAGAGUCUACAGCAACGAGUCGUGCAUCUCAAGCGCUGUUGCAAAAAGUCUCCUUGCUAGAAGCGCGUCUUUCACAGCUUGAGCAACGACAAGCACGAGCUCAAUCAACUGGGAGCACGCCGCGCGCAGCACUUGAACAAGUCCAUUUGAGCGUGCCUCAACUAGCACUACUAGUGCGUCAAUUGGCACUCUUGACCAGCAAAGAGGAAGAUCGAGCUGCGCUCAUCUUGAAGCUUGGGAAACUAGCAAGUACUGCAAAGAUCAUCAACGAGCAUCCACAAGCCGCACAGCUCGAAAGCCUCUUUUCUGCAACGCGGGAAAUACAAGCGCAUGCAGUUCUUGUUGGACCUGUCCUCGACAGACUACGAGACUUGGCGGAUGUGCAUCAUGAUGCAGCCAACUCCGCUUCUGUCAUUGCAUCUCUUGAGCAAUCCAUCCAAGAACGACAGAUUGAGAUUGACCUGCGGAGACUAUAA